AUGGCACAAGCACUUGCCUCCCCAGGGCUGUUUUCUGACGAUGAGGCUGCAGCCUCCCCUGUGCUCGAGUCCACAGCUACGGGCUUUGGGGCUGACCUGCGCAAGGACCUGCUGCCGGAGUUCUCUGCCAUCUCCCCAAACCUCGAGGGCUCUCAGGCUGUAACUGAAGACAAUAAUGGAAAAUUAAAAGUUUACCUCAGAGUUCGACCUCUGAAAUCUACAGAAGUAGACAAGGGGGAAGACCAGGGCUGUGUCUGUAUUGAGAACUCAGAAAGCCUUAUUCUGAAAGCUCCAAAGAAUUCCUUCACCAUGCGGAGCACCGAGCGAGGAGUGGGACAAGCAGUGCACAGAUUCUCCUUCACCAGGAUUUUUGGACCAGAGGUUGGGCAGAAAUUGUUCUUUGAUGAGACAAUGAAGCAGGUGGUAAAGGAUGUGCUGAGUGGGCAGAACUGUCUGGUUUAUACCUAUGGCAUCACCAAUUCAGGGAAGACUCACACAAUUCAGGGCACUGCCCAGGAUGGGGGCAUUCUGCCUCGCUCCUUGGCCACCAUCUUCCACAGUGUGGGGGACCGGCUGUACCAGGCCAUGGACCUGAAGCCUGCCCUCUCCAACGAGGUGACCUGGCUGGACAGCAGGCAGGUGCGCCAGGAGGAGACCAAGAAGCAGAUGAUGCUGCAGAGGGGACUCUGGGAGGAGGAGCUGCUGACACCCAUGAAGAGGAGUCACAGUGCUGAAUCUCGGCUCCAGGCCACCAGUGGCAGCUUUGACAGUGGAGUUGCUGGGCUGUCUUCAUCCAGCCAGCUCACCAACCGUUCAGACCUCAGCCAGACAGAAGAACUGGGCCCUUGCUGGGCUGACCUGGAUCGCAUUUCACUCAGCAGCCCAGAAGAUGUGCAGUUCUCCAUCUGGGUCUCUUUCUUUGAGAUCUACAACGAGUUAAUCUAUGACUUGUUAGAACCAGCUCUGCCUGGGCAGAACCGCAAGCGGCAAACGCUGCGGCUCUGCGAGGACCAGACUGGCAACCCCUAUGUGAAAGAUCUGAACUGGAUCAAUGUCCGGGAUGCUGAUGAGGCCUGGAAGCUCCUGAAACUGGGUCGGAAAAACCAGAGUUUUGCAAGCACCCACAUGAACCAGAACUCCAGUCGCAGUCACAGUGUGUUCUCCAUUCGCAUUCUGCACUUGCAAAGAGGUGCCAGAGAAGUUGUUCCAAAAAUCAGCGAGCUGUCCCUGUGUGACCUGGCGGGCUCUGAGCGCUGCAAGGACCAGAGGAGCGGGGAGCGAAUGAAGGAAGCCAACAACAUCAACACCUCCCUGCACACCCUGGGCCGCUGCAUCGCCGCCCUCCGCCAGAACCAGCAGGCCAGGACAAAGCAGGCGGUGGUUCCGUUCCGGGACAGCAAACUGACCCGCGUGUUCCAGGGCUUCUUCACCGGGCGCGGGCGCUCCUGCAUGAUUGUCAACAUCAACCAGUGUGCUUCCACCUAUGAUGAGACUCUGCACGUAGCCAAGUUCUCAGCCAUUGCCAGCCAGCUUGUUCAGGCACCUCCCACAAAGCUGGGACUUCCAUCCUUAAAAUCCAUCAUCAAAGAACACAGGCGAAUCAGCCAGGGUCCAGAGGCAGAGCCAGAGGAAGAUGUGGAAUCAGAAGAAGACACAGAGGAUGAGGCAGAUGUCUCUAUGUAUGAGAAGAAGGACCUGCUGCGCGCGGUCGAGGCUGUGCGGGAGCUGCUGGCGCAGGAGCGGCAGAAGAAGCUGCAGCUCGAGAUGCGCCUGCGCGAGGAGAUCUGCAACGAGAUGCUGGAGCACAUGCAACAGAAGGAGCAGUGGUGGAGCCAGCACGUGGAUGCUCAGAGAGAGCAGCUGGAGGAACUGUACGAGGGUAAAAUGAACAUCCUGAAGGAGUUACUGACUGACCACUACCAGGAGGAGAUGCAGGAGCGUGACGAGGAGAUUUCGGAGCUCAAAGCUGCUCUGAAGGAGACCAAACAAAAGCUGGAGAGCCUGGAUGCCAAGCAGAAGGAGUCAGAGCAGAGCGUACGUCGAUCCAAGCGAGCGGGCACCUCGUCCACUCUGCAGCAGGAGCUGGCAGACACCAAAGCCAGGCUGGAGCUGUGUCAGAAGGAGCUGAAUUCCACAAGUGCAGAGUUGCACAAGUACCAGAAAUUAGUGGAACCACCUCCCUCUGCCAAACCCAUUACUAUGGAUGUGGAUAGGAAGCUGGAGGAUGGACAGAAGAACGUCAGAUUGCUGCGUGCAGAGUUACACAAAAUUGGGGAGUCUCUCCAGUCUGCAGAGCGAGCGUGCUGCCACAGCACAGGGGCAGGGAAGCUGAGAGAAGCCCUGGGCAUGUGUGAUGACAUCCUGGCAAGACAGGACCAGACCCUGGCAGAGCUGCAGAACAACAUGGUGCUGGUGAAGCUGGACCUGCGCAAGAAGGCCGCCUGCAUUGCUGAGCAGUACCACACGGUGCAGAGGCUGCAGGCGCCGCCCACCUCCGCCUCCAAGAAACGCUUCUGUGCCAACAGGGAGAACCUGCAGCCCAAUCAGCCUCCUGGCAAAAAGCCCUUCCUGCACAACAUCCUGACACGUUCAGCCACCCGUCCUGCGGCUACCAGAGGCUGGCAACUUCGUUCAGUUGCUCUAUGA